CACGCCGACCGGCCGCGGCCGAGAGGAUGAAGUGUAAACCGAACCAGACGCGCACCUACGACCCGGAGGGCUUCAAGCAGCGGGCGGCGUGCCUGUGCUUCCGGAACGAGCGCGAAGACGAGGUGCUGUUAGUGAGUAGCAGCCGCUACCCCGACCGCUGGAUCGUGCCGGGAGGGGGCAUGGAGCCCGAGGAGGAGCCGGGCGGCGCGGCGGUCCGGGAGGUGUACGAAGAGGCGGGAGUCAAGGGGAAGUUAGGCCGGCUCCUCGGCGUUUUCGAGCAGAACCAAGAUCGCAAGCACCGAACCUAUGUGUAUGUCCUGACCGUCACCGAGAUUCUGGAUGACUGGGAAGAUUCGCUGAGCAUCGGCAGGAAACGCGAGUGGUUCAAAAUCGAAGAUGCCAUCAAGGUUCUCCAAUGCCACAAGCCCGUGCAUGCCGAAUAUCUGGAGAAACUGAAGCUGGGCGGUUCCCCGACCAAUGGAAACUCCGUGGCCCCUGCACUGCCAGACAGCGCUCCCUAGUAUGUACCUCUCCUGCGCAGACUACUGCUUUUCCACCUACCUUAAAAGAAAUCAUGCCUGGUGCACCUCUAAUGCCAUGUGCAGUCUCAAGGGGGGGGG